AUGAAUAUUAGACAAUAUAUGUUCUAAAAGUUAUUGAUCAUUCAAUUAACUAAUUAUAUCAAAUAAAGAAAUAAUGUAAUUGGCUUUCAUACUGUAGAAUUAAGAGAAAAAGGAGCUUAUUUCAUUAAUAUCAAAUAAGCAUCAAUACCAAAUGCUUUGAUCAAUUUAAAUGAGAAGACAACUCUUGCAGAUUUAUAAUUAAGUUCAUUAGAAAUAGAAAUAAUAAAAAAAUAAUUUGAAGAUAAUUUAGAAGUAGAAAAGAGUAAAGAAUGGAAAAAUGAAAAUACAGUUAAUGAAUUAGCAGGAUUGUAUUGAUGUUGAAUUGCC